GCAGCCCCUGCGGCGGGCGGCGGAAAAGGCGCACGCAGGAGCGCAGGCCGGCCCCCGCACGCAGGCGCACUGCGCACGCCGGCUGAACUGGGUCUCGCGGCUCGGUGCGCGGCAGCGGAGAGCGAGGCCUGGUGAGCGCCGCCGUGGUGCGCGCCGGCUGCUCAAGGUUGUGCGCGGAAAAGGCGCAGCGGGCGGACGAGGAGCGAGCGUCUCACCCUCACAGCGGCACCGGUCGCCUGGAGCCGAAAUCAUGACCACACCAGGAAAAGAGAACUUUCGCCUGAAGAGUUAUAAGAACAAAUCUCUGAACCCUGAUGAGAUGCGCAGGAGGCGGGAGGAAGAAGGACUGCAGUUACGGAAGCAGAAGAGAGAAGAGCAGUUAUUCAAGCGAAGAAAUGUUGCUACAGCAGAAGAAGAAACAGAAGAAGAAGUUAUGUCAGAUGGUGGUUUUCAUGAGGCCCAGAUUAAUAACAUGGAGAUGGCCCCAGGUGGGGUCAUUACCUCGGACAUGAUUGAGAUGAUAUUUUCAAAUAGCCCAGAGCAGCAGCUUUCUGCAACACAGAAAUUCAGGAAACUACUUUCAAAAGAACCUAAUCCUCCUAUUGAUGAAGUCAUCAACACACCGGGAGUAGUGGCCAGGUUUGUGGAGUUCCUCAAACGAAAAGAAAAUUGUACACUGCAGUUUGAAUCAGCUUGGGUCCUGACAAAUAUUGCUUCAGGAAAUUCCCUUCAAACCCGGAUUGUGAUUCAGGCAGGAGCGGUGCCUAUCUUCAUUGAGUUGCUUAGCUCAGAGUUUGAAGAUGUUCAGGAGCAGGCAGUCUGGGCUCUUGGCAACAUUGCUGGAGAUAGUACCAUGUGCAGAGACUAUGUCUUAGACUGCAAUAUUCUUCCCCCUCUUUUGCAGUUAUUUUCAAAGCAAAACCGCUUGACCAUGACCCGGAAUGCAGUAUGGGCUUUAUCUAAUCUCUGUAGAGGGAAGAGUCCACCUCCAGAAUUUGCUAAGGUUUCUCCUUGUUUGAAUGUCCUUUCUUGGUUGCUGUUUGUCAGUGACACUGAUGUACUAGCUGAUGCCUGCUGGGCCCUGUCAUACCUGUCUGAUGGACCCAAUGAUAAAAUUCAGGCAGUCAUCGAUGCAGGAGUAUGUAGGAGACUUGUGGAGCUUCUGAUGCAUAAUGAUUAUAAAGUGGUGUCUCCUGCUCUGCGGGCUGUGGGAAACAUUGUCACAGGGGAUGAUAUUCAGACACAGGUAAUUUUGAAUUGCUCGGCUCUUCAGAGUUUAUUGCAUUUGCUGAGUAGCCCAAAGGAAUCUAUCAAAAAGGAAGCAUGUUGGACAAUAUCUAAUAUUACAGCUGGAAAUAGGGCACAGAUACAGACUGUGAUAGAUGCUAAUAUGUUCCCAGCUCUUAUUAGCAUAUUGCAAACUGCUGAGUUCCGAACAAGGAAAGAAGCUGCUUGGGCCAUCACAAAUGCAACUUCUGGAGGGUCAGCUGAGCAGAUCAAGUACCUAGUAGAACUGGGUUGUAUCAAGCCACUUUGUGAUCUCCUCACUGUCAUGGACUCAAAGAUUGUACAGGUUGCCCUCAAUGGCUUGGAGAACAUCCUGAGGCUUGGAGAACAAGAAGCCAAAAGGAAUGGCUCAGGCAUUAACCCUUACUGUGCUUUGAUUGAAGAAGCAUAUGGUCUGGAUAAAAUAGAGUUCUUGCAGAGUCAUGAAAACCAGGAGAUCUAUCAAAAGGCUUUUGAUCUUAUUGAGCAUUACUUUGGGACCGAAGAUGAGGACAGCAGCAUUACACCCCAGGUUGACCUUAGCCAGCAGCAGUACAUCUUCCAGCAGUGUGAGGCUCCUAUGGAAGGUUUCCAGCUUUGAAGCAAUCCUCUGCUUUCUUGUUCCUGUGUCAGACCAGGCUACCCAGUCAAGUCCUCUUGUGGAGCCCACAGUCCUCAUGGAGCUAAUUUCUCAAAUGUUUUCCAUAAUACUGUUUGCGCUCAUUUGCUUGCCUUGCGCACCUGCUCUCUUAAACACAUCUGGAAAACCUCUGGCUCUCUGUGGUGGAAUACCCUUUUAUUACAAGGGUAACCAGAAUGGCCCACUCUCUUAUGGAAAAAUCCCUAAGCUUUGGAGAUCCGCACUUAUAUUAGAGUCAUGGGAAUAUACACAUAUUAAUGUGGCUCCCUUUUUUGUGGGGGAAAAAGAGGACUCUUCCUCAUUCCGUAAAGUGGGGAAAAUGACAUUAAAGAUAAAACUAAAACCUUUAUCUUGAAUUUUACACAACUACUUGGACAAGGGAGAUACUUAGACUUGUGCAUACAUCAGAGUACUCUUCUCGAGUUCUUCCACAGUGAACCAACCCUUGGAGUACCGGGUGGCUUUUUCUAGCCAAUUUGCAUUAAUCCUUAUUGAGAUGGGAUGGUUUCUUUCCUGUAAUGGAGUCAUUCUUCAGAUAUUAAAGUUAAACCAUCCACUCCCUCACCUUCAGCCUUCAGUGAAUGUGCUUCUAGUUGUCAGGAAUGCUGAAGAAUUAAUACUUUGACUUUUAAAUGUGACACUGGCUUUGCAGAUUCCCUUACAGCAGAAAGGAGAGGAGCACAGAUUAAUGUGUGUGGCUUCUGCUUCUCUUUGAUUUUAUGUCUUUUAGGAUUUGGAGGUAGUUCCGUUUUAACACUGGUAUGAAGAUAAAAGUCCUUAGUAAAACCAUGUUCUAAAAUUCAGUUAGUCAGAAGAACUCAGAACCCAUCACUUUCUCUAAACCAGUGUGACUAGAGGCUGUGUUUCUGCAUUACAACAUUCAGGCUUUGUGGUCCUGAUCAAGGUCCUGGUAAAUUGGAGUUCACCCUAGGUGCUUUUCCUCUUUGUGACUGGCAGAUAACACAUAUUUAAAUGUUACUAGGGAUUUCUUUUCCUUAGUGGAGCACCUUUAUCGUUAAAAGCUAACAGUCUCCUCUAAAUGACCUCUAAACUAAAAGGGCAGUGAUCUUUUUCUAACAACCUCAGUGUUCCCUGCUUUUAUUUCAUCUCCUAGUAGUACCCUACCUCCCCAAGUAAAAACAGUGCCCACCUCCUGUUUAUUUAAUGGGGGCUGUAUUGCACCUGGAAAUGGCGCUUCCAGUACUGUGUUCACUGAUCCACAUUUUUUUGCUUGGACUAGAAGGGGGGAAAAACAACAAAGAAAGCUUAAUUGCCAAGAGAACUGCAAAUGAGUACAAUUCGACUUCUCGGUGCUAGUUGGCCAUCUUGGCUCAAUGUUGGAACACUAUCAGAGAAGAGCUUUUCUUGAUGAUACUCUGUUCAAAAUGAAUUCUGAAGGAAAAGUUGCUCACGUCUGUUUCAGAGCAUACCCUUUUAGACUACUCUUCUAGAAUUCAUUGUAACCCCAAAGUAUAAAAACUAUCUGGGAGAUGCCCCUGACAAGCUAUUGCACAUCUCUGGUGAAUCCUGCUGAAUGUAAGGGAUAUUCAGAACUUUCAUACCUCAUCAUGAUGUUAUUUAAGCAGCCAACUUAUAUGACCCAAUUUACUUUGAAAAAAAUUUAUUUCAUUCAAACUAGAACAUUGCAGAGACAAAGGACUUUUAUCAGCCAAGAGUGUGAUGCAUUCUUGCUCUAGUCUUUAAUUGUGUCUGUACUCUGGGAUAGAUACAGUCUGAUGUCUGUUAUUGAUGGAGCAGGCACUACAAAACUAGCCAACUCCUGUCUGUCCUGUUGUUUUCUAGUGCUGCUUUGUGCUGAGAGAACAUGUUAGUUUACUGAACUUGACCUGUACAAGACUGAUUCUUUGUAAUUUUAGGGAUAAAUUAGGUGGUUAAUUUAAAAAUGAACUUUCAAUGUUGCCUUUACAUCACAUUAAAAUAUCACUUCUUUCAGAAGGGUAAUAGAAGCACUGAUUCAUAGUAAAAAUCUUGUUUUUAGCUUUGACUUUUUUGUGGCUUUUUUUUUUUAAUUGUAAAUUACUGGUAAUGUAUUUCUGUAGAAUGUUUUAAAUUAUGUACCUUCUACUGGGUAGUUUAAAAACCUUUACAUCUUAUAAACAAGUUUCAAUGAAAAGAAGUACAAAGCACACAGAGUUGUCACCCCACCUUACCAAGAGUAUACAGCUGGGACUUUUGUAUCAGUUUCAGGGUUACCUAGUGAGGUCAGGUCCAUUAACCAGUGCAAUCUGUUUUAUUGAAAACAGAAUAGUUACCUUAAGCAUGACCCUAGAAGUUCAUGAACUUUAAAUAUUCUGAACUUUGUUUUUAUAGUAAAAUGAUAAAUGUAAAGUUUGGAGUUGGCUAAAGUUAAACCCCAGCAAAUUUAGAUGUUCUGGAGCAGACUGUUUUGUUUUUUAAUACAUGUGGAAUUUUAAGGGGUACUUGUAAAUCCUAUUUUUAUUCCCUCACCUGGCAAAGUUUAUUGAUUUAAUUUAAUCUUUUGAAUAUUUUUUAUCAGAAAGGAGUUACUUAUUACAAAAGCAUGUUAGUAUUUAUAACACAAGAAAAUCUUAUGGUUUUUAGCUAGAUAGUGAUCAGGGCAUAGUGGCUUUGUUUCUUUAUCUUUCCCUGUCUUCCUUCAGACUUUUCAAGUAUGUAUUUUAUACUGAGAGCUUUGGUUUUAAAAAAAAAAAAAAAUUGCAUUCAGAGAAUUGAGAUGUAAAGAUGUUUGGCCCCUGAAGGACCAAGGUAAAUAUGAUUGGAUAGAGAAAUAACCCAGAAAGUACCGAUACUAGAUAUAAAGAAAAAAGAUUUAGGAGACAGUUCUCUGUGGAACACUUUGUUCUUGUCACCAAUCAAAGCCAUUCUAUUGCUCUCAUCAGUAGUCCCCUGCUGGAAACUGUUGCGCUAGGGUUGUUUCUUCCAUGUACCAGACAAAGCUAUUGGACUCUGGGUGAUUUUCAGCCUUACUGUCCCAUAAUAAAUCUGAAUUAUUCCAGUUGCUGCUGAUUAUGCCUAAGAAAACAUAUGUAAGUAUAAUUUGUCAACCAAACUCUGUUGUACAUGACUACCUACCGGCAACUUUGAUUGAUUCUGUAGUGCUAAAUAAACAUUUCAGCUGUCUGACCCCAGACCUGGGGCUGCAUUGUAAAA